AGCGGCCCCGCGCCAACGGCUGCGGCGGCGGCGGCGCCCACGGCGCGCUCCGCAACGGUUUCGUGCGCAGCCCGCCCGGUACCCAGAUAAAUCAUAUUGUGCACAAUGGAGGAUUAUACAAAAGGCCUUUCAAUGAAGCUUUUGAAGAAACACCAAUGCUGGUUGCUGUGCUGACCUAUGUAGGCUAUGGUGUUCUCACUCUCUUUGGAUAUCUGCGAGAUUUCAUGCGGCAGUGGAAGAUUGAGAAGUGUCAAAAUGCAACAGAAAGAGAAGAACAGAAGGACUUUGUCCCAUUGUACCAGGACUUUGAAAAUUUCUACAACAGAAACCUCUACAUGCGCAUUCGGGACAGCUGGAACCGUCCAAUCUGUAGUGUGCCAGGGGCCAAAGUGGACAUGAUGGAGAGAGUUUCCCAUGAUUAUAACUGGACAUUCACAUACACAGGGAGAGUAAUAAAAGACAUCAUAAAUAUGGGUUCUUACAACUACCUUGGGUUUGCACAGAAGACUGGGGCUUGCCAAGAAGCAGCUGCUAAAGUUCUGUCCCAGUAUGGAGCUGGGGUGUGCAGCACUAGGCAGGAGAUGGGAAACUUGGACAAGCAUGAGGAGCUGGAAAAGCUAGUUGCCAGGUUCCUAGGGGUGGAAUCUGCAAUGGCAUAUGGAAUGGGAUUUGCAACCAACUCUAUGAACAUUCCUGCUUUAGUUGGCAAGGGCUGUCUGAUUCUGAGUGAUGAACUGAAUCAUGCAUCACUAGUUCUUGGAGCAAGACUGUCAGGAGCAACUAUUCGAAUCUUUAAGCACAACAAUAUGCAAAGCCUGGAGAAGCUGCUCAAAGAUGCUAUUGUGCAUGGGCAACCUCGUACACGGAGGCCCUGGAAAAAAAUUCUUAUCUUGGUGGAAGGAAUAUACAGUAUGGAGGGAUCCAUAGUCCGUUUGCCUGAAGUGAUUGCCCUUAAGAAGAAGUAUAAAUCCUAUCUGUACCUUGAUGAAGCUCAUAGUAUAGGUGCUCUGGGUCCCAGUGGCCGGGGUGUAGUGGAGUAUUUUGGACUCAAUCCUGAAGAUGUGGAUGUUAUGAUGGGAACAUUCACCAAAAGCUUUGGAGCUGCAGGAGGAUACAUUGGGGGCAAGAAGGAACUGAUUGAUUACCUCAGGACAUACUCUCACAGUGCUGCGUAUGCAACAUCAAUGUCACCUCCUGUUGUGGAGCAAAUCAUCACCUCUGUGAAGUGCAUUAUGGGUGAAGAUGGUACAACUGUUGGGAGAGCACGUGUGCAGCAGCUAGCAGAGAACACAAGAUAUUUCAGGAGACGACUGAAAGAGAUGGGCUUUAUCAUCUAUGGAAAUGAAGAUUCCCCUGUGGUGCCUCUGAUGCUGUACAUGCCAGCAAAAAUUGGUGCGUUUGGGCGUGAGAUGCUGAAGCGGAACAUCGGUGUUGUGGUUGUGGGCUUCCCUGCCACCCCCAUCAUCGAGUCCAGAGCCAGAUUCUGUUUGUCUGCAGCUCAUACCAAAGAGAUGCUUGAUACAGCUUUAAAAGAAAUCAAUGAAGUUGGGGACCUUUUGCAACUGAAAUAUUCCCGUCGCCGUUUGGUACCUCUCUUGGACCGGCCGUUUGACGAGACAACAUAUGAAGAAACAGAAGACUGAAUUCCCUCCAUGUGCCUCAGUGGGAGGGACACACCCCAUGGGACACUCCGUGGCACACAGGCCACAGCAUCUGAACACACACUUAUGACUGCUUAGUAUAAGAGACGUUUCCUCACAAUACUGAAGUGGCCACAUCAGCUCUAAACGGCAUUUUGUAAAUAGGGAGAGGAGAAAAAAAUUCUUUGAUUCCUGUGUCUUCAGGGUCUGGCCCUAGAGGUGCUUGGCUUUAUUUUUUUCUUGUUGCUUUUUUUUUUUUAAUUUAUUUGUCUCAAUGAGUUCACAGCAACCCAAGUGGCUGUGGCUGAUUAGUUCAGACUUUGUAUGCACCAUUAGCCUCCCAAAUGCUGGCUGAGAUGUUGCAAGCAUGUUUGACGCUGGCAUGGCAGCAUUUUCAGUGUCACUGCUAGGUGUCUGAUCUUCCCAAUAAGGAAUGAGCUGACCUGUCUGUUUCUGAAGACUUCCUAGAGAAACUGUUGAUUGCUAACUUUGACAUAUUUAACAAGAUGGAUAAUCAACCAAAGCUGUUUUUUUCAUUUGCAGUUACUUAUGUUUAAAACUUGAAUUUAGCCUGUUUUAAAAUAAAUGUGUUGUUGACAUGUCACUGACAGGACCAUUGUUCCCAAACAUUAUUUAGUUUUGUAAGCCACAGGCAGAAGGACUUCUGGGACUAUAGCCUCUUUUCCUUCCCAGUAUGGAUAUACCAGAUUGUCUCCUGGUUUUGACACUAAUUGUCCCUUUGAUAAGAGGGUAAGUGAUGGAGAGAGGUUUGUUUUGUUUUGUUUUUAAUACUUCUGUUUAAAAAAAAAAGAAAAAAAUAUGGGUUGUGUGUGUUGCUUUCUCAUCUUAAGGUUAGUUUCUCUUGCUUUAGAAUUAUCAUGAAGUCAUGAAAAAGUCACUAAGUCUAGAAGGGUGCUCUUGACUUUAAACAAACUAGAGCAAGUCUCAUGCUUUGCCUUAAGACUAAGCCCCCUCAAUAAAUAGGCCUAUACAAGGGGUGACUAUUAGGAGAAACAUCUAUUUAAUGGAGAUCUGUGAAGGACUGCUGCCCUUUGCCCUGCUAACUCACUGUUUCUUGUCAUCUGUGAGGUGCUCUUCACUGGCCCUGUUAUGCUUAUGGACAGCUUGAAUCUUGUAGUCAUACAUUAUAUUUUGGCUGGCCAGCAGAGUUCCCAUCGGCAGCUGCAUGUCUGUAGGCCUUCCCUGAAGAGAGAAAAUGUCCUCAUAAUUGCAUUUAGUGCAAUAUCUUUAUUCUUUUGUACUCCUGUAACUGAUCAACACUGCUCAAAUGAGUGUUCACUGAGCCAGUUGCUGUUUGGAGUCUUUUUAUUUGCAAGUUUCAUACUGUCCUUCUGUUUCAAAUAGAUGCCUUUGCUCUAACACACCUUAGAACUGGUCUGCUACUUAGUCUUUACAUCUUGAGUUCUUUCAGGGAACAGAAUGGAUCAACAAAAAGGUACCAAAAAUUUUAAGUAUGAGUAAAUUGCAGUGUAGUUUGUUUCUGUGAUUUAUACUUAGACAUAAACGAUUUCUGCAAAGAUAGUAAAAUGUUAACAUUUAGCAAUUAACAAUUGUUAACACUAUGUCAAUUGGGCCAGCACUUCAGUUUGGGUUAGCAAGAUACUUUCAGCAGGUUACUGAGGUUUUAUGAACAGACCCAUCAUAAUAAUACUAAAGCAGAGAGCAACUCAAAGCUCUUUGUGUGGUGCUGAAAAAAAAAAUUCAUUAUUUUAAAGUUCUUCAGUGUUCACUCUGCAGCUAACAGGGAGGGAGUGUUUUGGCCACUAGAACCAAGCAGUUCUGCAAAUAUAUGUGGUGAAUUAAAGCAGAAUUGGCUUCUAUUUUAUAGAUUAUCUAACUUCAUACAUUUUAAUAUAAUGGAACUUCAAAACACCAGUUCAUCUUUUUACCACUGGAUUUCAGAAAUUUAAUUACAUGAGAAGAACUGAAGAACUGAAACUGACUGUUUGAAAAUAGGUCCAGAUAACUACUUCUGUCUUAGUCCAUUAAUGUUGGUUGGCUCUUCUUCUGAGCUGAGUGCAGAGUCUGAGAAGUCUGUAUGUGCAGCUUGGAUAGCUAUGAAAUAGUCUCACGUGUUCAGCCCGAGUGAAUAAACAGCAGUUAGCUGAACUUACUUUCUCACCCAUGUUCUGCCCAGGACUAGCUCUAACAUUCCAGCAGAUUACCUGCUUUCUGACUUCAAGAAGCUUUACCUCAAAGAAUUAUUGAUCUAUUUUUUUUUUUUUUCUCCUCUCUGGAUUGUACUAGGGAACAAGAGGAGGUUAGUACAGGAAGCCCUGACUUCAGCCCUGAUUCUAUUAACUUGAUCUUGAAAUGGUUUAAGAGCAGACAAAACUGACCAAUUUAAAGGCUUGGAUCAAUAGGUACCUGUUUAUAAGCAUUCACAAGUGUACAGUGGGUUUGUUUGCUGUGUAGUCGAGUCAGUUUGGAAACUGUGAUGUAUUAAGUUUCAAGUGGGUUAUCAUAGAUUCUACAAAUGUUGAAUCUUAACCUUGUCUCUAGAAAUCAGUUUUAGAGCAUCUUGACUUUUGAAGGGAGAGAAGCAUCUGGAAAAAUCUCCAUAAUAUAUAUAAAUCCUGUGUAAUAUUUCUGAAAUGGUUAGUGUUGAAAAAUUACUAGUGUCCAUUUGGCUUCUAGUUGCACUUGGUGAGGAAAUUGUGUUCAAGCUUCUGCAUUUUAGUAUCUUUCUGCUGUGUCACACUGUCUACAUAUAACUUUGAAUUUUGGGUUACAAAGACACUUCAGAAAUAAUUCUGGUAGUUAGCAUUUGCAAACUGCUUGGUUACAUUUCAGCCUUGCCAUAUCCUUUUUGGGAAGCAAAUCCACCCACUCCUCUCUGAAGCCUUUUGUUCAAGAGAACCUGUUUUGCCAAAGUCUGGUAAAAAUAAUGAAACCUGUUGAAACUGCUUCUGAAAAAGUAAGAAUUACAAGUCCAAGAUUUCAUUCAGUAAUUCACUAAGAUUGAAAGCCAAGAAAGCCUUUUUGCAUCUACUAAAAAAACUCCAAUAAGGGUUUGUGCUAGGCAAACCUACAGCAUAUAUGCUGUCACAGUAUGUGUAGGAUGGAUUGCUGCUUUGAUAUUUAUAUACUGACCAGAAAUCUGUCUCCUUUUUCUCCUGGCAGUAGAAAUGAAUGAAAGAACCAAUCUUGAGAGAUCACAAAGGAAGAAAAGCUGCUUAAGAAAUAAAACUUCAGUCCCUGCCAACUUUUCAGAGACAUUCUAAUUGAAAA